GCCCCGCUUCCAAGUGCGCGCAACAUUUUCUGCGCGGAGUUUGCGGGCUUUGCAUUUGUUAUCAUUCUGGUGGCCGCCUUCAGUGGUGCUGCUCCCGGACGAGACGACAUCCGGACACCGACUACUCCGCCGCCAUGGCCCAGAGUGAGCAGGAGCUGCCCGAGGGCUUCCGGCAGCUGAGGACUCAGGUCGCCGGCCACACGUUCGAGGAGAGCAACGCGGAGGCAGUGGGCCUCCUGCAGGACUCCAAGGCCGGGUGCGUCCUGAAGCCCCUCGGGAAGCCGGAGUGCGGCGAACGGGAGCUGCGCUUCUAUGAGUCACUCGCAGCGGCAGCUGCUUCAGGUGAUAAUGACCUUGCCCUGCUCCGCGGUCACGUCCCCCGGUUUUACGGCCCCCUGAAACUGGUUGUGAACCGGCGCGAGCGCAUGUUUCUCCGCCUGGAAGACCUUACGCGUGGGAUGCGCCAGCCGUGCGUCAUGGACGUGAAGAUGGGUAAACGAACCUGGGACCCAGCGUCCUCGCCCAACAAGCGGAAGCUGGAGGAGGCCAAGUACGUGCUGUGCAAGCAGAAGCUGGGCCUCUGCCUGCCGGGAUUCCAGGUGUACCUGCCCAACGAGGAGCAUCCCAAGGAGACCACCAUCCUGCGACAUGGCAAGGACUACGGGAAGGGCCUGAGUGUGGAGGGCUUCAAGCAGACUAUGGCCUUGUUUUUCAAUGCCAUCACAAGUGAUUCCAAGAGCAGGAGAGCGGGCACCGAGGUGCUACUGAACGAAGUGCUCCGCCAGCUGCAGGAGAUCCUCGCCUGGUUCCACCGGCAGCGCCUGCUGCAUUUCUAUGCCAGCUCUUUGCUCAUCUGCUACGACUACUCGAGAUUGGGGAACCCACCGACAAGCCAGUCCCUGCUCAAUGGCCACCGGCUCAACGAAGACGACCCCGCCGCCUGGGUGCGGGUCAGAAUGAUCGACUUUGCCCACGUGUAUCCAGCGGAGCAGGGCCUGCCAGACGAGAACUACAUGUUCGGCCUGCAGAGCCUGAUAGAAGUCGUCCAGUCAAUACUCCACCGAUGAUGAUCAAAGGGACCAAGAGCACUUAAAGACGUACUAGAUGAAGAUGUUCCAGUCUCAAUACAAUGAGACACUUUUGUAUUAUCGCCUAAGCCAAAAGAUUAGUCCACAGUAGACGCCCACCUGUUGAGGAUUGGGGAGCUACUCUAAACGUAGAAUAAAACCCGGUUUUUUACAAAUUGUUUGUAUUAUAAAUUAUAAACCUCAAAUCGAACUUA